GUGGGGGCUUUUAGGUGAGUUUGUUCUCGGCAGAGCCCUUUGAAAAGGAGCAGCACAGCCCUGGUGGGGGCAUCCAAGAUGAUAACGGCUCUGAAAGUCACAGAGCUGCUCCUGCAAGCAGAGGAGAGCCUCAGGCACCCUGCAGACACCAGCACUCCCACUUUGGGGUGCAGCCAGAGGAAGGAGAGGGCUCCGGGCACGGCACAGCGGGAUGGAGCCAUGCAGAGGUACCUGGAGAAGGGCACUCGCUGCCAGUGCCCACACGAGCAGUUUCUCUGCGUUUCACAAAGGCUGGAAGGAGCCAGGACUAGUGAGGAAGAGGAGAUUUAGGUUGCAAACAUCCAGAAAGACGGUGCAAACCUGGGAGCCGCGGACCUCCGGGCACUGGCUCCAGAGCCUUUCUGCUCAGGUGUUUGUAGUCUGAGCCUCGUCAGGAAGCCUGAUGCAAAGAAGGGGCUCUGGAUCACGGCUUCAUGGGUCACUCCACCACGCAGGCUCUGCCCCACACAUUUCCACACACACCCCUGCCUGAGCAAGGCUGGAGAUGCCAAGGGACAAGGUCUCCUUGGCUCCUACUUGGACUCUUGUCACUGGAGUCCCUUAAAAGAGCAGCUGGGACCUUCACCCUUCAGGGAUCUGCCUUUAAAGCCAAGGUCUAGGAGGGGACCUGAAGGACUUUACAGGCAGCCAGGGCAGGGCAUGGUGAGGUUGCUACACAAGCAGCCCUGUCUUCAAGCACCCUGAGCCCAGCGGGGCUGGUAACCCCCUCCCAGGACAGGGAGGGCCAUGGAAAUUAAAGAAAAUAGCAUGAGUGGGAGGACAGAGCAGCCAACAGCUCCAGCAGAGCUGAAACUUCUUGGAAAUGUAGAAGAGGCAGAAAUAACAUUUCCAUGAGUAAAAAGGGAAGCUGCUCUAGAAGUAGCCACGCUUAUGACAGCCACUGGUUUUGGAUGCCCACGGUAGGUUUAAUAGUUCGUCCAGGCAGAACGAGCUUUAGCCUUAGCAGGAGCAUCAGAGAGUUUUGUUUCUUCGUUAUGCUGUGCAGCGUUUGGUCCCCCUGCCAAAAGCAUCCUGAUAAACCCGUGUCCAUCCCCGAAGAAGACAACACUCCCGGCUCCAAGCGCAGGAUUUGCAAAUUAAAGGCAAACUCGGGCCAGAUUCAGUGGUUUCAAAUACAAAGCUCAAGAGUAUUUGAUCAAAACAACUGGAACAAACCCAACCAAAAUAGACACUGUUCACAUCAGUUUGAUUUAGAAAACCAAAGCAAACCAAUACAGGCAUCUGUCUGGCCCUGAUGAGACGCAGACUGUGACCGCUGGAAUAACUGCUCCGGAUGAGAUUAUGCAGCGAUAGGGACAAUUGGCUUCGAGCAAACAGGACGGCAUGUUCCCAGCUCCUGUCACCAGUUCAGGGCUUUCUCUGAACCGUCAGCAAUAGGGAAGAGGUGUUUAUAGGAGGAGACAGUGAAAAAGUUUAAUGGAAGUCACUUGGGAGAGAGAGAGGAGCUGGUUUGCACUGAGGUCUUAGCAACACACCAGGCACAUGGACCACACCAGAGAGCCCCACUUGCAGCUUGGGAGGUGCCAGACACGUGGAGCAUGGGAUUUCGAGGUUGGAUGGAGAAAAAGAGACAUAUGUGGUUCUUUAGACAGUAAAGUUUCACUUCCCUGAGAUAGUCCGAACCAGCUCAUCCCAGGAUGAGAUUAAACAGAAAGUCCCGGUGGCUGUGGGCAACACACGAACUGAGCUUAAGCACGUUGUUAUUUUCUGGUUUAGGCUGGGAAAGGGGGAUGUGGCCAUGGGGAUUGGCACCACGGGAGCCAGCUCAUGUGGGGAGGGGUCCUCAGCAUCUCCUGGGGGACCCCCAACCCCGGCACCCCCAGCAGGGCCUGACCCCAGCAGGCACUGGGGGACAGCCUCCCCCAAAGGGACCAUGUCCUGGGUCAUGAAUAUUUUUAAUUUCUGGAGGAUGGAGAGGCCACACUCCUUAUCUAACCUAGCUGGGGACAAUUUGCUUUUCCAGAGAAACAUCCAAGCCCUGUGAAAGCCUCCGAGCUGCUGGCCACCAGGACACCUCGAGCUGCCAGAGAUGUGACGUUGGUUGACACCAUCCAAGCGCCGAGCAGCAGAUGUUACUGGCUGCCACUACCCUCCCCACCAUUCUCCCCUGGAACGGAGCUCCCUGGCAGUGGGAACAGAUCCCUCCAAGCAGGGUCAUUCUCAGCAUCAGCUCAGAGCCUUGAACCACCUCCCUGCCUGUGGUGAGAGCCCUUCUCCAGCCGCCCCGCGCCACUGCAAGCUGCCGUGGCAAUGCUCGAUGGGGAAGAAAAGAUGCUACCAGCCACAUGAGAGACCCCCACCCCACUUUACCAGGGUUUUACCUCCUUUUGGACAGCACUACCCGCCCCCCCCGUCCUCUUUUCCCACUCAAAGGCAAGGCUUUCUCUGAAUCCUCUCCUUGCAGAUCCCGGCCCCGUGCUGUGGUGCAACGCGCUGCGCUUUCCAGGCACACUCUUCCUUCCCAACUAAACCGCCUUUCUGGCAAAGUCCCCACUGUACAGCGUGUCCCUCGCAACCCCGGCCACCAACCGCCCCGCACAUUCCUCCUCCUUACAAACAGGACCUUCAGAGCAGAGCGAUAAGGAUCUUUGCAAGGCUCCCCAGGGGAAGAGGAUGUUUUGGCUGGGAAAUUUCAAUGAAAAGCAAGGAGAAAGAGAGCCUGGAGGGAGUCUGGCACCUGCUGAGCUUCACUAAGUAAUUCCAGGCUCCUAGGAGGACCUGGGCGUGUUGCUGGAGCCGGGCAUGGGGAUGCCGAUGGGCGGUCAGGGCUCCUCCUUUCCUUGUGGGAGGAAAUGCUUCGACAGCCCUGGAAGAGCUGUCUCCAAAGUUAAAAUGCAGAGAAAGCCAGGAUGGGGACCAGGGGGGCCGUGACAGCACCCACUGCUCCCUUGCUUUGCAGGGCCCCCCAGGGCAAGGCUGGCACCGGGAGGCGAUGAGCCUUGUGACAGGGAGAGCUGCGAGCUCUCGUGUCUCUGCACAAGCACGGUCACCCUCAGCACACGCACCCCUGCCCCAUCCCCUCGCACCCACCCGUGGGGUAUGGGGACACCCCUCAUCCCAGGCGGGUGGGCACAGCCUGCAGAAAUGCCAGCUUGGCAUCUCUCUCUCCUGCCAAGCUGAAGACAAAUUCCUGCUGUCACAGUGGCCCUUUGGUAGGCAAUUUAUUUACCUUGGAUGCUGAAGCCUUAUCGUUCAUGGAAAUGUUUAUCCUAAAUAUUUAAUAGCAGGACUGCAUAAACUGAGGCUUCCUGGGGAAGAAGCCCAGGCUGUAGUUCGAGCAAGCACUAAUGUCUCUUCUCCUAGUAUUGCAAAAGUUAAAAGAUAAUUUCUUGCUUCUCCCUAAAAAUCACAUCCUCAGCGCCUCAAAAUUAGAUAUUUUUUAAUCUGGCCGGAGGCCUCCUCAUCGCUUCCUGAUGAGAAACACAGGAGACCUAACAACACCCCUUUUAAAAACAACAUCCCUGAUUCCACUAACUCGUUAAACAGAAAGAGCCUGAAAAGUGCCAACACUCCUAUGAGAAAAGACGGGAGAGAGAGAGAGAGAGAGAGACAGAGAGAGAGAGGGAGGAAAGAAAAAGCAGGUUAUUUAUAACGCCAGGCAGCAUUAGGGUCUCUUCAGUCUCUCCUGCAAACUGGCUGCUGCUGGGAGGUCACUCCCCAAAAAACCUGCUGAGCCCGUGACCUGCAAGCACAAUAUUUGAUCUGGGAUCUGGGGCGGGCACCAGCCUUUGCAAAUUGGGAGACACACUCACAUGCUGCUUGACGCACGGGAGAUCCCAGAGAAGAGCAGCGAGGCUUUGGAAAGGAGGCUUUUAGCUUGGUCCCUCCAGCAUCGGCACCAUGCGUUGGGCCACCGUCCUGAUCAUCGCUGGGCUCUGCGGAGCCUCGCUGGGCCAGUACAAUGAAGAAGAAGACAUGGCUUGGUUACAAUACUACAUACGGCAGUCCCGUAUGUCCUCCUACAACUACAUGCCCUACUACGAGGAUGACAACACCCCUUACGUGUACUCUUACCUCCCAGCCCCAGACACAGAGGCAGAGCCCGGCCCUGAACCUCAGCAAGCCCUUUCCUGGCAGUGUCCCCAGGAGUGUGAUUGCCCCCCUAACUUCUCAUCAGCCAUGUACUGUGACACCCGUAACCUGAGGUACCUGCCCUUCGUGCCUUCCCGCAUGAAAUACGUCUACUUCCAGAACAACCAGAUCACCGCCAUCCAAGAGGGAGCUUUCGACAACGCCACGGAGCUGGAAUGGCUCGCGCUGCACAACAACCAGAUCAACAGUGAGAAGAUGGGCAAGAGGGUCUUUGCCAAACUCAAAAACCUGGAGAGGUUGUACAUGAACAACAACAACCUAACCAAGAUGCCCAGCCCCUUGCCCCGCUCCCUGAGAGAGCUCCACUUGUCUUACAACCAGAUCUCCAGGGUCCCCUCCAACGCUCUGGAGGGUCUGGAGAACCUCACAGCCUUGUACCUCAGCCACAACUACAUUUUUGAGAUGGGAGCAUCCCUCAAAGGACUCAAGUCCUUGAUCCUUGCUGAUCUGAGCUACAACCACCUCAGGAAAGUCCCCGAUGGGCUCCCAAUGGCUUUGGAACAGCUCUACCUAGAGUACAACUACAUCAACACCAUCCCUGAUGACUAUUUCAAGGUCUCUCCCAAGCUGCUCUAUGUACGGAUGUCCCACAACAGCCUAACGAAUCAAGGUCUCUCUACCAACACUUUCAACAGCAGCAGCAUCCUCGAGCUGGACCUCUCUUACAACAGGCUCCAGAAGAUCCCCCGGGUCAGCACCAACCUCGAGAACCUCUACCUUCAAGGGAACCAAAUCAACGAGUUCUCCAUCAGCAGCUUCUGCACCGUGGUGGACGUCAUGAACUACUCCAGGCUCCAGGUCUUGCGGCUCGACGGGAACGAGAUCAAGCGAAACGCGGUGCCCCCCGAUGCCCCGCUAUGCCUGCGGCGUGCCACCAUCAUUGAGAUCUAGCCUGGCCCCCCCCGGCCCCCACCCCAUCCUCUGGACUUGGCUCCCCCAUUCCUGGGGAGACACUCAUGCCCAUUUUAAUGCAGCUUGACAGUUUGAUUUGGCUUCCGCAAUAGUGCAGUAAGGGUACUCCAGCGGCAGCCCACGUGGGUGGGCAGGAGCCAUUCUUCCCCCAAUGCUCCUUCUUCCCAGCUCUCCGGCCACGCAGGGUGGGACAGUCCUGGUACCAUUCCCCCUCUUACCCCACCACAGCCACCCCCCAAAGUGCUGCAUCCCCAUUCAUCCUUUCCCCAGGUUUGGGGAGGGAUGCAGCAGGGAUGGGGGAGAGCUCAUCCUGCCUCCCAAACGUGGCACUGAGCACCUGAGCCCAGCAGGGAGGGGUUCAGGUGUGGGUCCCACACCUGAAGAACCAGCAGAUCCAAACCCACCCACCCUGGGCCAGGUUCCAGCAUUCACUGGGAGGGACACCCAGGAGGCUGGAAGCUGCAUCAGUAAAGGGUUAAAGAUGCUCUGGCUGCCAGCAUCCUUCAGUCUAGGAUGGGGAAGAGCGAGCACAUCCACACUUGCCCCUCGGUUUUUUCCCCCCUUCCAUCAGCCUCCUGCGCCAGAGAGAAAGGAGAGAAACCUUUCCUGCUGCUGCCAAGUGGCUGUCAGCUGCUGAGGUUAGAGACAAACACCCUGAGAAACAGCCUGUCUGGGGCCACGGCCGAGGUGGGUCUCACAUUUUCCUCCUGGACCACUGGUUCGGGGCAGCGCUGGGAUGGAGGGAUGGGGCAGUUCCCAGUGCUGCCACCCCCAGCUGCCUGGGGACCCCCGCACACCCGGCUCCAUCCCACCCCCCAGCCUGGCCUCAAGCUCCCUCCCUGCCCAGGCAACCAGGGUCUUCCAAUUGGAAAAAAAAAUAAUAAUAUCAGUGUGACCUGUGCAUCUGCAGCGCAUUUGAAUUUGCCAAAAGCCAAAACCACCCAGCUUGGUUCCUUGGACAGUUUAGUUUGAGAACCAAAAGGGGCAGCUGAGCUUUGGAGAUGACCUGCGAAGCUGAAGAGGUCAUCCAGACCCUCCGCAUUUCCACUGCAUGCCAACACUAUAGCAACAAAAACCCAAAAAAACCUGUACUCUCACUGACGCAUGAACUGUAGAUAUCGUACCAACGAAUAAAGCCCUUUCUGUAACUGCACGAAACGUGUCUGAGGAAUCCCAAACGCAGAGACCAGGGUCCCAGCAUCUGGGUGCUCGGAGCCGUAACCUCCCCUCUCGCACACCAGAUCUUUCUGCAGACAUAAUCCGGGCUGGAUUUGCCGUCUAGUGGUUGUACCAGACACGACAUGUGUGUACACCGCCUUCCAAUGCUCCAGCAUAUCCCAGAUGGGGUCCUGGACGUUUAUAGAAGGAAAAAAUGCACAUGGAAAAGCAGCAUCAGUUGAGAGGGAAGGGAUGGCGGUGCCACUGGCACAGU